CUUUCCCUUUCUCUCUCUGUCUCUCUGUCUCUCUCUCUCUCUCCCACGUAAACGCGUUUUCAGGCAUCAAUCCCUCCCCGCCUUCUCUUCUUCUUCUUCUCUUCAGUCUCAUUUGCUCAACUGCUCCAGCACAUGAUAAAGCCCUUUGACAAGUUCACACGCCUUCUCUGAAUUUUUCUUCAUCCCCAAUCCAUUCCAUUUCUUCUAUAAAACCCACCCUUCUCAAAAGUCUCCCCUGUUUCUAACUUUCUACAGAUCGGUCUGUGAUUCGGAAAUGGAGAACAAUCAGCAAUCUUUCUUCCAGUUCAGCGACCAGCUCAGGCUCCAAGCCAACGCCUUCUCCAAUCUCUCCCUCAACGAUUCCAUCUGGAGCACCUCCUACGCCUCGAAGCGCCCGGAGGAGCGCCGGAAUCUAGCCGUCGGCGAGCAGAAUCCGGAUUUCAGGGCGAAUUCGUCGGACGCUCUGAAGCCCAAUGACUCCGACUUCAACGGGUUUAAUCACGGGUGGAAGAUUUCCGGGUCGGAUUACCUCAACGGGUUCAACGAUGGCUGGAAGACGAUGGGGACGUCUACUUUGGGGCUUGAUGGCGGGUUCAGCAAAGGGGUUUACUCCAAGCCUUUGGUGAACUUUGAUCUCAGCAAUAACAGCAACAACAAUCUUAAUUUUGUGGUUAAUUCCAAGGGGGUUAAGAGUGGGAUUGGUAAGAAUGAAGAGGAUCUUCUUAUCCAUCAUCAUAAUCAUCACCUGAAUGGGGGAAAAGGUGGUAAGAAGAACAAGAACAACAGUAAUAGCAACAAGGAAAGUAAUAAUAGUAGUGAGAAGAACAGUGAUAAGAACAGCGUAGAUAAGAGGUUCAAGACGCUUCCGCCAUCGGAGUCUCUGCCAAGGAAUGAAACUGUUGGCGGGUAUAUCUUCGUCUGCAACAACGACACGAUGCAAGAGAAUCUCAAGAGGCAGCUCUUUGGUUUACCUCCACGCUACCGUGAUUCUGUCCGGGCAAUAACUCCUGGCUUGCCGCUUUUCCUCUAUAACUACUCCACUCACCAACUCCAUGGAAUUUUCGAGGCUGCAAGCUUUGGGGGAACAAAUAUCGAUCCAACUGCCUGGGAGGACAAAAAGAACCCCGGCGAAUCCCGCUUUCCUGCUCAGGUUCGCGUUAUGACUCGAAAAGUGUGUGAGCCAUUAGAGGAGGAUUCCUUCAGACCCAUCCUUCACCACUAUGACGGCCCCAAGUUCCGCCUUGAACUCAACAUCCCAGAGGCGCUCUCCCUUUUGGAUAUAUUUGCAGAGAACAAGCCUUGAGAACAACUUGCCAAAGAGGCAAAGAGUGCUGAACACUAAAGAGUGUUUGCUUGUUGUGAAGAGGAAGAAGAUUAGCAGCCUAUACUAUAUGUUAAUGCCUAAAUGGUUUUCUUUUCUUUGCUUUUUAUGGGUAAGAAAGAGGCUCUGUUGCCGUGCCCCCCUCUUUUUUCUUUUACAGCUUUGCGUAAAAUAUGCAAGCAAUUAAGUAUAAUACACAAAAAGGGAAACUAUGUCUAUAUGUGUUUGGCUUCAAUGUGUGCCAAAGUGUAAUGUGGAUUGAGACUCAUCUCAACUUCAUAUUUAAUAAUGAAUACACAUGUUAUAGUAA